AUGGCAAGCCCUAGUGCACGGGCCGGACCUGCCGCCAACAACGACGACGACACGGUCUCAGUCAGUGCCAUCACUGAUAUCGAGCUCGACAGCAAGGGUGCUGGCUCUCCGCCUCCUUCCAGUUUCGGACAAGUCUUGCAUCCGGAUAUCGGUGGAGGCGGUGAGCAUGUCGAAGCUGCGCAUUCCGCUGGCGGUGUCGGCCCCAUCAGCGCUGCAGGUUCCGGCGUUGCGACCCGCCAACCACCCGCAUCUCCCACCCUCGAAGCAGCAUUAGGCGAGACCUUGGUCAUAAGCGGAGGCAGCGGGUACAAUGAUCUUGUCGGCGCCACACCAGGCGCCACCUAUGUAAUGCCCAUCUCUGACAAUGGUGGCUCCUCCUCAGAGAUCAUUCGCGUGCUUGGAGGACCUUCCAUCGGAGACCUUCGAUCGCGACUAAACCGUCUCAUUCCGACCCCAUCACAGCACGACCCCUUUGCGUCCUCCUCAUCGUCCGAGCCACCACAAUCAAACGAAGCCAUCCACAACCUUCUCUCCUACCGUCUUCCCUCUUCCGGCAAAUCGCGCGAGAUCAAGCAAGAAUGGAUGGACAUCCUCGAAGGCCGUCAUCGUCUCUGGCGAGGCAUAGAAUCCGAACGCAAAGAAGUUAUUCGAGGCUUCCUCGUCCAUUUUGAAAGCGAAGUCCUACGUCGUGCACAUCGACACUUCAACUUCCGCGGAGGAUCAAUCGGAAACUUUUUUCUAGCAGCAGCACAGAAGUUCUUUCGUUCGAUACAAAGUGCUAUCUUUCUCUUCUCGGCGACAACGCAGAUCAGUACCUCUUCACCGGCGAGUAAAGUGUUGCCAGUGAUCAACACGAAUCAUACGGCGACGAUAGCGGCGGAGCUGGAAGAUGGAGAGAUUAUCGUGGGGCAAUGCGAGAUAUCGCAUCCUGCGCCGAAGCCGCGGAGGAGUAGUGUUGCGCUAAAGAUUUCGUUGGCGCCUGCGGCGAUGGAGAGAGGUGGGUCGUUGGCGAGUCAGCCUCCGGGGACGCCGUCUUCUGCUGUAUGGGAUCAGCAGGUGGGGUCAGGAAGGGAGGGGAUGCUUCCUGCAGAAGCACUACAAGGGCUGGGAUUAGGCGAUGGAGGACCAUUGACGCCAGGAUUUGGUCCACCAGCUCACUAUCAUGUCAAUGAGCUGUUUGCGUCUGCUUCGUCAAACUAUACGUCGAUGAAUGCCAGCGUUGAUGCGCUCAAGACCGGCGCUUCAGACUCCGAAUCUCACAGUGGCCCAUCAUCAAAAUUGGGAGCAAGAAGCGCCGCAGGACCAAGCCCCCUCUUCGCACAGCUGGUAGACGACCGAGCAGCCGCAUACUCCGCACAAGCGCGCAAAGGUCUCACGACGGUCGGCAACCAAAAAGAUGGCUUGGAUCCAGAAGACGACGACCAAGACUCCCAAGACGGAAUCGAUGCCGCCGACUCCCCUAGGGACAGCAAUGCUGCCGAAAAAGAUCCCAGCCCUGACUCUAACCUCCCAUCUUUGAUUGCUAUGAGUCGAAAAGCAUUCAGCCAACACUCGAAUAGCAGCAGCACAAAAACCAGAAGCUCGUGGAAAGAGAAAACGGGCAACAUAAUCUUCUCCAAAGCCGAAGACGAAGAUUAUGAACCAGCUCUGCCUUCACCCAUCCGUCGAAUCUUCUACGUCAACGCUUAUCGAAACGAGAUUUACCCCGCACCCAACCCGUCAUUCGUAACAGCACUGAGUCGGAGCAAAACGAUCAUCUACUCGUGCGGUUCGCUGUGGACUAGUAUCGUCCCUUGCCUCUGUCUGAGAAGCAUUGCGACGAGUAUCGCCACUUCAUCUACGCUGAGGUAUAAGGUGUUGCUGCUGAACUCGGUGCAAGAUCGCGAAACGAGGGGGAUGGAUGCGGUUGAUUUUGUCCAGGCUAUUCGUAGGUCAUUAAAUCAUAGCGACCAGCCAACACCAGUUGGAGGGAAAGGGGAAGAGUGGAAACUGAACCAGCUCAUCUCGCAUGUCGUUUAUUUUCCUGAUGGUCAAGUUAAGGUGGAUGUAGAAAAGCUAGAAGCGUUAGGAAUCAGAUGUAUUGCAGCAAAGUCGCAGUCAAGGAGCAAAAGCGGAGCGCCAAAGUUUGACGAGGAGAGCGUUCGAACGGCUCUUCGUAGGAUCACAACGCAAGCUUAG